AUGGCAGGAUCGGCGUACGGCAAGGGUCGCGAGUAUUGGGACAAGCGGUACAAGAAGGAUGAAGAACAGUUCGAUUGGUACCAGCGUUACGACACCCUCAAGCACAUCCUUGAAGAGGUGACACCCAAAUCGAUGGAUCGCAUCCUCAUGGUGGGUUGCGGCAACUCAAGAAUGUCUGAGCACAUGGUGGAGGACGGCUAUGCCGCGACGAGCAUCACCAACGUGGACAUCUCGCCGGUCGUGAUUGAUCAGAUGCGAAAGAAGCACCCUGAGAUGGACUGGCGAGUUGCCGAUGCCACCCGCAUGCCUGAGUUCGGAGACCGCACCUUUGACGCGGCCAUCGACAAGGGCACCAUGGACGCCAUCCUGUGUGGCGAAGGCAGCGCAGAGAACACGGAGAAGAUCCUCUCAGAGAUGGCACGCAUCAUCAAGCCGGGCGGCGUGUUUCUGCUUAUCACCUAUGGCCAGCCCAAGACGCGCCUCCAUUACUUGUGCAAGGAAAAGUUUGGCUGGGACGUCGAGCAGCGCACCGUUGCCAAGCAAGCUCCUCCCGGUUCGGAUGAGAAGGCCGACGUGCACUACAUCUACAUCUGCAGGAAGAAGAAGUGA